AUGAGUGACUACUUGACUCCUGCGGAGUUGCCACAACCCAAGCUCAAAAGAACCAACACCGGCUUCACCCCCAACCAGAUCAUUGCCCUCGAUGCUGCCAUUCCUGAGGGCGCUAAACACAUCUGGGCCAAGUAUUCGCAAUUGAAGCCAUUGAACGGCAACCACCACGGCCAGGACUUGGAGUCCAAGUUGGUCCACGACAGAGGAGCGUUUGAGGAGUCGUUUGUGCGCCACGUGGAGACCACGUUGGCCAGAAACAUGUACAACUGUGACAAUUUGGCUGCGUACCAGGCAGCCUCGUCCACCGUCAGAGACGCUUUGUUGGUGGACUGGGCCAACACCCAGCAGAAACAGACGGUGCACAACGGAAAGCGUGUGUACUACUUGUCGUUGGAGUUUUUGAUGGGUAGGGCCAUGGACAACGCCUUGAUCAACUUGAAGGGCAGGGACAAUGCUGCCGCGGCGUUGUCGGACUUGGGAUUCAACUUGGAGGACGUGUUGGAUCAGGAACCGGACGCUGCAUUGGGUAACGGUGGUUUGGGUAGAUUAGCUGCGUGCUUCGUCGACUCCCUCUCCUCCAAGAACUACUCGGGCUGGGGGUACGGCUUGAACUACCAGUACGGAAUCUUCAAGCAAAAGAUCAUCGACGGCUACCAGGUGGAAACCCCAGACUACUGGUUGAAGUACUCGAAUCCCUGGGAAAUCGACAGAAAGGAAAUCCAAAUCCCCGUGGACUUCUACGGCCAUGUAUACGAGGACUACGACCCCAACUCGGGCAAGCCAAAGAAGAUCUGGAGUGGAGGUGAGCGUGUCUUGGCAGUUGCUGCCGAUUUCCCUAUUCCAGGCUACAACACUGAUAACACCAACAACUUGAGAUUAUGGAACGCCAAGCCUACCCACGAAUUCGAUUUCACCAAGUUUAACGCUGGUGACUACCAGCAAUCCGUUGGUGCGCAACAAAGAGCAGAAUCCAUCACCGCAGUCUUGUAUCCAAACGAUAACUUUUACAGCGGUAAAGAAUUGAGAUUGAAGCAACAAUACUUCUGGGUUGCUGCUUCGUUGCACGAUAUCGUUAGAAGAUUUAAAAAGACCAACAAGAGCCAAUGGGAAAAGUUCCCAGAGCAAGUUGCCAUCCAGUUGAAUGAUACCCAUCCAACUUUGGCUAUCGUUGAAUUGCAAAGAGUUCUUGUUGAUUUAGAAGGCUUGGAAUGGGACCACGCCUGGUCUAUCGUGACCAGAGUCUUUGCCUACACCAACCAUACUGUUAUGACAGAGGCGUUAGAAAAGUGGCCAGUUGAUUUGGUAGGAAGAUUGUUGCCACGUCAUUUGGAGAUCAUUUACGACAUCAACUUCUUCUUCUUGAAGGAUGUUGAGCACAAAUUCCCGGAUGACCGUGAUAUUUUGGGUAGAGUUUCUAUCAUAGAAGAAGGCAACGAAAAAUCUGUCAGAAUGGCCUAUUUGGCAAUCAUUGGUUCCCACAAGGUCAAUGGUGUUGCUGAAUUACACUCGGAAUUGAUUCAAACCACAAUCUUCAAAGAUUUCGUUAGAGUUUUUGGCAAGGAUAGAUUCACCAAUGUUACCAAUGGUAUCACCCCAAGAAGAUGGUUAAGACAGGCUAAUCCACAGUUGGCUAAACUCAUCAGUGAGAAAUUGAAUGAUCCUAACUACGAGUACUUGACCAACUUAGGGAACUUGAAAAAGUUGGAGAAGUUCAUUGACGAUGAUGAAUUCUUGACCAAGUGGGAUGCUAUUAAGUUCCACAACAAGCGUAGAUUGACAGCCUUAGUGAAGGAGGAGACUGGUAUCGAGUUGGACCCAACUGUUUUGUUUGAUGUCCAAGUGAAGAGAAUUCACGAGUACAAGAGACAGCAGUUGAACAUUUUUGCUGUGAUUUACCGUUACUUGAGAAUCAAGGAAUUAUUGGCAUCCGGUGUCUCGAUUGAUGAAAUCAAAUUGAAGCACUACAUUUCCAAGGCUUCGAUCUUCGGUGGUAAAGCGGCACCAGGAUACUACAUGGCUAAAACUAUUAUCCACUUGAUCAACAAAGUUGGUGAUGUUGUCAAUAACGAUCCAGAAAUUGGAAACUUGUUGAAGGUGGUCUUCAUUCCAGAUUACAAUGUUUCCAAGGCUGAAAUCAUCACCCCAGCUUCUGAUUUAUCCAACCAUAUUUCUACUGCCGGUACCGAAGCUUCUGGUACCUCCAACAUGAAGUUUGCUUUGAAUGGUGGUUUAAUCAUUGGUACUGUCGACGGUGCUAAUGUUGAAAUCACUCGUGAAAUCGGCGAGGACAACAUCUUCUUGUUCGGUAACUUGUCAGAAUCCGUGGAAGAGAUUAGACACAAACACAUCUACGAAGGCGUCCAGAUUCCAGAAACCUUGCAAAAGGUAUUCGACUCCAUCGAGUCUGGCGCGUUUGGCAACCCAGAAGAAUACAAGGUGUUGCUUGAUGGUAUCAGAUACCACGGCGACCACUACUUGGUCAGCGACGACUUUGACUUAUUUUUGGAUGCCCACAUCAAGCUUGAAAAGGUGUUUGGACACCACGGAGGAGACGCUUCGGACAAGGACCACUUGCACAGAUGGGUAAAGAAGUCUGUGUUAAGUGUGGCCAACAUGGGCUUCUUCAGCAGUGACAGAUGUAUUGACGAGUACGCCGAGAACAUUUGGAACAUCGAGCCUUUGAACCAAUAG